AUGAAUGUUGAAGAUAAAUACAAGUUGAUAAAAGAAAAAUAUAAAGAAAUAAAAGAACAAAAUGACAUAUUAAAAAAAGCUAUUAUUGAAUAUAAAAAGGAUCUUAAAGAGUUAGAAAAAAAAAAUGAUAAUCUAUUAAAUGACAAAAACCAACUAUACAAAAACUUGACACAAGUAACAAACAGUUUAGAAGAACAAAAAAAGAAAAAUUCUGGAUGGUCGAAUUUAAUGCUACUCACAAAAAACUCAAGAGAAAACAUCCAAGAAUCAGUAGCCUUUGAGGAACUUGAAAUGAAGAUAAAAGAAAAUGAAACACUACAUAAAAAUAUUGAAGAAUUACAUCAAGAAAAAAGUUAUUUAAAAAAGGAGCUUGAAUUGUUAAAAAAAGAUCAUACAGAAAAAAUAAACGAAAAAGAAUUAACCAUUGGAACACUCAACGACCUAGUAAAUUCCUCCCGUCAAAAACAAAUAAAAGCAGACGAACAAUGUGAAGAGAUAAAAAAAUUAAUAGAAGAAAAUAAAAAAGAACAUUCUCAACAAAUUAAAAAGAAAGAUGAAUCUUUAAAUUAUAUGAAAAAUAUCUGUACAAUGUUACACAAUAAAUGUUAUCCAAAAUAUAUGAUUGAUUUUAAUCAUAUACCAUUCUAUCAACCAUAUGACACAAAGGGUUCAUAUAUACAAAAAGAAAUUCUUCAUAAUGAAGAAAGGUUAGGAAAUUAUUUAUUUUCUCUUAUUCAAAAUGUUACGAUGUAUUUAAAAGUGUGUAAGGAAUUAUUUUUAUUUCAAAAAAAUAACUUGGAUAGUAUGUAUAAUAAAAUGAAAAAGGAAAAAUUAGAUGACCAGGAUAAAUACACCAAAAUGAUCGACCUAAAAAAUAUUUGCGAUCAGCAAGCUAUAAUUUUGGAAGAAAUAAUUGAUACAGCUGAAAAGUUUAAAAUUUAUUAUACAGAAAAGGAAGACAAGCAAUUAAUCGAGACCAUUUUACUUAGAAUUAAAGAAAAAAUGAGAGAAUUUUUUGUUAAGGUUAAUGUCUAUCUAUGUAUUGAAGAAUAUAUGUUUCCAUCUUAUAUAAAGAACAAAGCGUUUUUUUUAAAAAAAGUUAUACAACAAUUGAGGUUAUUAAAAGAACUAAUCAUGAAAAUAAUAAAUAUAAUAACAUUGAUGAUAUGGAUAUGCCCAUAUAAUAAUGAAAGAAUUAUUUUAGAAAAUUUAAGAAAAAGAAAUAUUGUAAAAGAUGAAAAAAAUAAUAUAAUAAAUUCUAUGGGAAAAAGAAAUGAUGAAGAGAAAUAUACAAACAUAUCAAGUUUUAAUAUGAUAUAUAUGACAAAUAUAUCUAAUGAUGAUAAAUUAUUUAUAUAUAAUAAACAAGAUGAAAAUAAUUCUUUAUAUAAUAAUAAUCUUUCUAUUAAUGAAAAGAAAAUACCAUUUAUUAAUUUUCUUCAAGAAAAAGAAAAAACUAUUUUCUCACAAUUCAAUGAUUUUAAAAAUUAUCAAACAAAAAAUAAUCAUAUAAUUCUUUUCAUAUUAAAAAAAAUUCAAAGAAUAUUACAACACAUUCCACAAUCUUUUAAAUUUUUAAAAUCUUAUAUAUCAUAUCGAUUAUGUGAAAUAAAAAGAUUUGGUAAUUUCUAUAUAAAUAAUUCUCAAUUAAUUACAAAUUUAUUAGAUAAAACAAAUGAAUUUAUUAAAUAUAUAGAGAAUUUUAAUUAUAUUUUUAUUCAUAAUAUUAUGUAUACAAAAUUAUCAUAUAGUAAUUAUCAUAACCCAUACUUAUAUAAACAACAUAUAAAAUAUAUUAAUAAUAUAAAUCAAACAUUCAAUAAAGCAAACGUACAGACAUAUGACAAAUUACAAAAAAACUUAAAAGACCUUCAAAUUUUUAAGAAAGAUAAUAUACAAUUGAAUAUGAAAUUGUUAAAGAGUAAAAAGGAAAAUAAAAAACUCAAAACAGUAAAUCAGGAGACCUUAAACAAUUAUAGGAACAUACUUUUAAAAAACCAAGAAUUGUCUCUCAACAAUCAAUAUUUAAUAAAUACAAUAAAUUACAAACGAGAAGAUAUUCAAGAUUCAAAUGAUGAUAAUAAUAUUCAUAAUUAUGCAGAGAAAAUAUACAACUUCAUUUCAGAUACAAACGAAGGAAAGAAAAAUUUUAAUAUAAAAGAAAAACAGUUAAUAGAAGCAUAUAUCUCUUCUUGUAUAAAAAUAAAUAAUUUAAAUUUGGAAAUCAAAAAUAAUAAACAUAUUUUAGAAGAGUUACAAAACUUGUUCAACAUAAAAGAAAAUGAAAUAAAAAACUUGAACACACAAAUAGACACAUAUAAGGAAGAAGAAGUUAAUAUUCACAAAAAAUAUGAAGAACAGAUGAACACAUUACACGAUUUAAUUCUAAGCUUAGAAAAGCAAAUAACCAAAAUCAGCUCAGAAAAAAAUGUGAACAAAUUCUUUAUUAUGUGCUCCAUAUGUUCUAAUAAAAAUAAUAUAGGGGCCAUUUUAAAAAACAGGAAAUGCAUAAAGUGUAAUUCCUUCAUUAUUUUUAUGAAUGAAUAA